AUGUCUUUGCCCAAGGCUCGUAAAGUCACCAAAGUCGGUCCCUUAGACAAGCGCCGCAUCGUUCGCCGCUGUGAGCAGUGCCGCGUGAGUCGAAUCAAGGCAAGUCGUGACCCUGUCGCGUUUGAACUUCUCUUCCCCAUGACCGUGGUCAGCUCGGCCGAGGACCGGCUACGACCCGCAAUAGCCUCCCUGCACCACGUCUACGAGUUUAUUGGGCCUUGCCCUUUACCUAUAACGGACUUUUUCGCAACAGAUAUGCUUAUUUGGUGGCUGCGAGAAGAUGAGAGUGUUCGAAACACUAUCAAUCACAUUAGCAACGCCUUCGUCAGCAAUGGCAAUCAGACAUUGAACAGUCGAGACGACAGCAUGGUUACGAAUAUCGAGCAACGCGAUAUCUACGCCGCGAUCCAAACACGUCUACAAAAGCCUGAGGCCCACCUGGACCCUUCUCUCCUGCUACUGGCUGUUCUCUUUUGUGUCUUGCAGUUGAUGUGCAACAAGACCUGUAAUAUCCCCUUGCAAAUCUUGGAUCAGGUAGCCAUGCACGUCGUGCAUCCUCGUGGCCCUCAUGGAUUUUUAACACGUUUCGACAGGUCCACUCUGUUACUAUUCCGUAUCCUUCAAGGACUAGGAAGUUUGAUGCGCGAUCAAGACACAACAUUCCUAGACGCAAAGUGGUGCAAAAGUACAACUGAUACAGAAUUGAGCCGGCUCUCCACCAGCAGCGAACAGAGCACCUUUUUCUUCGAGUGCAUAUGUACCUUUAUCGCGUUGCUGGGUGAUAUCAAUGUUCAGUCUCGCGCAUGGCUCAACGAAGAAACGAUAUUUACUCACGAACCUGAAUUCUGCUAUACCACUGCCACCAUGACCUGUGCCUGUUCAAUCUGUGCCGAAGCUUCGAGAUAUUCCGACCAUCUUGCAACAGGACAAUGCAUCAUGCGGAAUGCUUCAGAGUUGCUAGAGUCUAUUGAACGUUUUGAAGAUGCGGUAAGAGGCUCAAAUUUGGAUCAUGAUACAUGCAGCGACAUGCUUUUUGCCCAUUCUUUGUGUUUAAAGAUAGGCACACUUCGAUUGUUUUCCGACUUCCUUUGGCAGAAUGCUCCCUUUUCUGAGCCGUCUUUGCAAGACUCGGAAAUUCAAGCAUAUGCACAAUCUGCUCUGAAUCAUGUCGAUAAGAGAUUACAAAACUGCGGACUCGAGGCUGUUAUUUAUAUCGAACAUCUGAUGCUUAUUGGAAUUGAGGUGAAAGAUUCAAUUAACAGAAACCGCGUUAUUUCGCUACUAGACAAGAUUAGAAGCCGAGGGUUUGUCCUUGCACAGGUUUACAUUGCGGACCUCGAACUGGCUUGGAAGGCUGUUGCGUCUACCCGAAAUGGCGAAUCCUAA